AUGGAAUACGACGAAAGCAUUUACAACUUGAUCCCCAAGGAACGCUACGAGCCCCCCAAGCAGAAGAUGUACAAGUCCAACCACCCUCCAACUGUUCCACCUACUGGAACUACCUUCGGACUCAAGACCACAUCUAGACCAGGAGUUGGAAACCUUAAUGGCGAGUACCAGCCCCAAGGCAGCAAUCACACUCAUAAAGCCCCAGGUGCAACCUUCGGUUAACCCAACGGAGCACUUAAACCUGAUACUACCUCAUUCAGAAAGAAAGGCACUGGCUAAAUGGUUCUCACAGAUCCGACUAAAUUCUAAAGAGAAGGAGACAAAAAAGCUUCAGUACCGAAGAAGGACGAGAAACCCAUCAUGGGAUUAGUUUCAGACAAGAACUUCAUUGUUGCUAAUGCUGUUGAAAACAUUCUAGCAGCACCCAAGCUACCCACCAAUACAUCCGCAGAUUUCCUAAAGAAAAAGAACUAUGGAAAGGUUCCUCAAUUCCUUUAGAAAAUCAAGAGGGAGAUCGAAGAUGAGUACCAACUUGUCAGAGAAAUGCAACUUGAAGAAGAAAAUGAACGCGAUAGACAAAAGUUCUUAUUGGAUGACUAAGAGAGAGGAGAACUGAUAGCAGCUUUGAAGAAGAAGUGGGAAGUAGUGCACAAGGAAUAUCAGACCUUAACCCAUAAGGGAAAGUUAGAUACUCUAGGCAUCAAGAAUAAGAAGGAAAACUGCGAGAAGGAACUCGCCCAACUCGAAAAAGAUAUCGCAAAGCUUAGCAAAAACUUCAUUUUCGUUGAUACAAUGCAGGCAGCCUAUUGA